UCACAUACUGGACCCUUUUUCAAUACGCAAUUUCCUCCCACUCUUCCUUUCUAACGUAGCGAGACAAGAGGGAGAAGCUUCCAUCAUGAGUAAGGUUUCCAGAGAAACGUUGUCUGAUGCUGUCAAAGAGGUCCUGCAGAGCUCCAAGACUAAGAAGAGAAAGUUUGUGGAGUCGGUGGAGCUGCAGAUCAGUCUGAAAAACUAUGAUCCCCAGAAGGACAAGCGUUUCUCUGGCACAGUCAGGCUGAAGACUCUCCCCAGGCCCAAAUUCUCUGUCUGCGUUUUGGGAGACCAGCAACAUUGUGAUGAGGCCAAAGUAGCCAGUCUGCCACAUAUGGAUGUAGAUGCCCUUAAAAAGCUCAACAAGAACAAGAAGCUGGUCAAGAAGCUUGCAAAGAAGUACGACGCCUUCCUGGCCUCAGAGUCUCUGAUCAAGCAGAUUCCUCGUAUCCUCGGUCCUGGCCUGAACAAGGCCGGAAAGUUCCCCUCGCUGCUCACUCACAAUGAGAACCUGAACACCAAAGUGGAUGAGGUCAAGUCCACUAUCAAGUUCCAGAUGAAGAAGGUACUCUGUCUGGCUGUGGCUGUGGGCCAUGUGAAGAUGACCGAGGACGAGUUGGUGUACAAUAUCCACCUAGCCGUCAACUUCCUGGUGUCCCUGCUCAAGAAGAACUGGCAGAACGUGCGUGCCCUUUACAUUAAGAGCACCAUGGGAAAACCUCAACGACUGUACUAAACAGUUUUUCUAUAAAUAAAAAAGUGGAGAUUCUCAAACAAA